AUGAUGAAAAGACACAACGUUGAGUGCAUAUUUGGAUACCCCGGAGGAGCCAUUCUCCCUGUUUUUGAUGCAAUUUAUCAGUCCGACUACUUCAAGUUCAUUCUGCCCAAACAUGAACAAGGGGCUGGACAUAUGGCCCAGGGCUAUGCUAGAGCCUCCGGCAAGCCCGGUGUUGUGCUGGUCACUUCGGGUCCGGGAGCCACUAACAUGGUCACUCCGAUGCAGGAUGCGCUCUCUGAUGGUACGCCGCUGGUCGUCUUUUCGGGACAAGUCCGAACGACCUCUCUUGGUAGCGACGCCUUUCAGGAAGCCGACACGAUAGGCAUAACGCGAGCUUGUACCAAGUGGAAUGUUAUGGUUAAGCACGUUGAUGAACUGCCCCAGCGAAUUAAUGAGGCUUUCGAGAUUGCUACCACAGGGAGACCUGGGCCUGUUCUGGUUGAUCUGCCACAGGAUGUCACUGUCGGUAUGUUGCAACGGCCUGUCGUUGCGAAGGCUCAUGUGCCGUCAAGAUCGAUUCGACAUCAGAUGGCGGCAAUGGCAAGGGAUUAUGAGCUUGAGAUUGACCUCAGACGCGUUGCUCGUCUGAUUAAUCUUGCUCGCAAACCAAUCAUCUACGCUGGGCAAGGUGUUAUUCUUUCAGAAGGUGGUCCAGAACUGCUAAAGCAAUUGGCCGACCGGUGUUCUAUCCCUGUCACGACGUCACUGCAAGGUCUCGGCGCAUUCGAUGAACUUGAUGAUAAGGCCCUUCACAUGCUCGGUCUGCAUGGAACAGCAUACGCCAACAUGUCGAUUCAACACGCCGAUCUCAUCCUGGCUCUCGGUGCGCGUUUUGAUGAUCGAGUCACCAUGAACGUGUCCAAAUUUGCCCCUGCGGCUUACGCUGCGGAGAAGGAAGGACGAGGAGGUAUCGUUCACUUUGAGAUGGUACCGAAAAACAUUAACAAGGUUGUGCAAGCUACCGAGGCUAUAGAAGGCGACGUUGGGGCCAAUUUGAAGCGACUAUUACCGUUGCUUGACAACUGUACGCCAGAGAGCGAGAAGCGGAAAGACUGGCUGCAACAAAUCGAUCAGUGGAAGAAGAGAUGGCCCCUAUCCAGCUUUGACCGCGACUCCCGUCAUGGCCACAUCCAGCCGCAGGUCGUCAUCGAGGAGCUGAACAAGCUCGUCGCACAUCGGAAGCAAGACAUGUAUGUCACCACUGGCGUCGGGCAACAUCAGAUGUGGGCGGCUCACCAUUUACGGUGGCGAAAGCCUCGUUCCAUGAUAACAUCUGGUGGCCUCGGCACCAUGGGCUUUGGGCUUCCAGCGGCGAUUGGUGCCAAGAUGGCACACCCGGACGCUCUAGUGAUAGAUAUUGAUGGCGACGCCUCGUUCAGUAUGACAUUAUCUGAGCUAUCCACCGCGGCACAGUUCAAUGUCGGCGUCAAGGUGUUGUUGCUUAACAAUGAGGAACAAGGUAUGGUGACGCAGCUCCAAAACAUCUACUACCAAGAUCGCUACGCACACACACAUCAAGUCAACCCAGACUUUGUGACACUUUCCGAGGCGAUGCAUGUGCAAGCUCGUCGAGUAUCAGACCCAAAGGAACUGGUAGAGGGUUUGGACUGGCUGGUCCAUUCCGAGGGGCCGGCGCUUCUUGAAGUGAUAACCGACAAGAAGGUCUGUGUGUUUCCCACCGUCAAAUCAGGGGGAGGGCUGGAUGAGUUCAUUGCAUAUGAUGAAGAACGAGAGAAACAUCGAAGAGAGCUCAUCCGUGAGCGGACGAGUGGCGUCCAUGGCUGA